AUGGACGUGGGCGGCAUUUGGUCGUGUCAAGGCAUCUGCCUGUCAAGAGUCGGCGAGAUUCGGCACAGACUGUUGACCGGAGCAAACCUCUCACAUCGUGGCACACUAGAAGCAGGAGCAGGGCGAGAUGCUGCCGGCGUGUGGUAUGCUGCACCAAUCGCCGCGCCAAGCGGGUCGGCAUUGCAGACCGAGAUCUUGGACGAGCCAAGAGGCAAACGGCAAAGGUCAUCGGACCACCAGAAACCUUGUUUGCGUCGGCCCUUCCGAGACUCGUCGGGUCACCCAGCAGAUCUUGAUAUCAUCACUUCCCUCGGCGCAGCUGCUCCUUCUCCCCUCACCAUCACUGUCGCAACUACCGACACCAUCAUCCCUCCUCCUCCUCCCUCCAGAUUCUCACGCCUUGCUGUGAUCGUCAACACCAUCGACUCACCGUCCAUAAGUGCUCCGACUCCUUUCGCACUCGUCGCAUCAUCAUCAAGGUUUCCCUCACCCUUGAUCUUCUUGCUGCAGCCCACACAAAACCUCUCUGCUCAGCUCGUCCCUCCAGCUGACAGUCGCAGACCACCGAAGAGAUUUGUCGCCGCAUCAUCUCUCCUUGCCGUUAAACACUACGUCAAGAACCCCUCAGUCUUCCUCUUCUAUCACCACAACAUCGGUCGCAUUCGCCGCGUCUCCGAUUCCCAGUGUCUUCCUAAUCGGACAAUCUUCAAUAUGCCGCCCCCGGACCACAAGGCCGUCAGCCACUUUAUCGGCGGAAACCCGCUCGAGACCGCUCCCGCUGGCGCAGUUGCCGACUUCAUCCGCAAGCAGGGCGGUCACAGUGUCAUCACCAAGGUGCUCAUCUGCAACAACGGUAUCGCCGCCGUCAAGGAGAUCCGUUCCAUCCGAAAAUGGGCUUACGAGACCUUUGGCGAUGAACGCGCCAUUGAAUUCACCGUCAUGGCUACCCCCGAGGAUCUCAAGGUCAACGCCGACUACAUCCGUAUGGCUGACCAGUACGUAGAGGUGCCCGGUGGCUCCAACAACAACAACUACGCCAAUGUCGACCUCAUCGUCGAUGUCGCAGAGCGAGCCGGUGUCCAUGCCGUGUGGGCCGGUUGGGGUCACGCCUCCGAGAACCCGCGACUUCCCGAGUCGCUCGCUGCCUCCAAGCACAAAAUCAUCUUCAUCGGUCCUCCCGGUUCGGCCAUGCGCUCGCUCGGUGACAAGAUCUCGUCCACCAUCGUUGCCCAGCAUGCCGAUGUGCCAUGCAUGCCCUGGUCCGGUACGGGCAUCAAGGAGACCAUGAUGAGCGAGCAGGGCUUCCUCACCGUCUCCGAUGACGUCUACCAGCAGGCCUGCAUCCACACCGCCGAAGAGGGUCUCGAGAAGGCCGAAAAGAUCGGCUACCCCGUCAUGAUCAAGGCUUCCGAGGGUGGUGGAGGAAAGGGCAUCCGAAAGUGCACCAACGGCGAAGAAUUCAAGCAGCUCUACAACGCCGUUCUCGGUGAGGUCCCCGGCUCGCCCGUCUUUGUUAUGAAGCUCGCCGGGCAGGCUCGCCAUCUCGAGGUGCAGCUGCUUGCCGACCAGUACGGCAACGCCAUCAGCAUCUUUGGUCGUGACUGCUCCGUCCAGCGUCGUCACCAAAAGAUUAUCGAGGAAGCUCCCGUCACCAUCGCUCCUGAGGAUGCCCGAGAGGCCAUGGAGAAGGCUGCCGUGCGUCUCGCCAAGCUCGUCGGCUACGUCUCUGCCGGUACCGUCGAGUGGCUCUACUCUCCCGAGUCGGGCGAUUAUGCCUUCUUGGAGCUCAACCCUCGUCUCCAGGUCGAGCAUCCUACCACCGAGAUGGUCUCCGGCGUCAACAUCCCCGCCGCCCAGCUCCAGGUUGCCAUGGGUAUCCCGCUCUACUCGAUCCGCGACAUUCGAACCCUCUACGGCAUGGACCCUCGCGGCAACGAGGUGAUCGACUUUGACUUUUCCAGCCCCGAAUCGUUCAAGACGCAGCGCAAGCCUCAGCCUCAGGGCCACGUCGUCGCUUGCCGUAUCACCGCCGAGAACCCCGAUACCGGUUUCAAGCCCGGCAUGGGUGCCCUCACCGAGCUCAACUUCCGAUCCAGCACCUCCACCUGGGGAUACUUCUCGGUCGGUACCAGCGGUGCUCUCCACGAGUACGCCGACUCGCAGUUCGGUCACAUCUUCGCCUACGGCGCCGACCGAUCCGAGGCUCGAAAGCAGAUGGUCAUCUCGCUCAAGGAGCUCUCGAUUCGCGGUGAUUUCCGUACCACCGUCGAGUACCUCAUCAAGCUGCUCGAGACCGACGCUUUCGAAUCCAACAAGAUCACCACCGGCUGGCUCGACGGCCUCAUCCAGGACCGUCUCACCGCCGAGCGACCUCCUGCCGACCUUGCUGUCAUCUGCGGUGCUGCCGUCAAGGCUCACUUGCUUGCUCGCGAGUGCGAGGACGAGUACAAGCGCAUCCUGAACAAGGGUCAGGUGCCACCUCGCGACACUAUCAAGACUGUCUUCUCCAUCGACUUCAUCUACGAGAACGUCAAGUACAACUUCACCGCCACGCGCAGCUCCGUCUCUGGCUGGGUCCUUUAUCUCAACGGUGGACGUACGCUCGUUCAGCUGCGACCUCUUACCGACGGCGGUCUGCUCAUUGGUCUGUCCGGCAAGUCGCACCCCGUCUACUGGCGUGAGGAGGUCGGCAUGACUCGUCUCAUGGUCGACUCCAAGACCUGCCUCAUCGAGCAGGAGAACGAUCCUACCCAGAUCCGUUCGCCCUCGCCUGGUAAGCUCGUCCGCUUCCUCGUCGAGUCCGGUGACCACGUCAAGGCCAACCAGGCCAUUGCCGAGAUCGAGGUCAUGAAGAUGUACCUGCCACUCGUUGCCGCCGAGGACGGUGUCGUCUCGUUUGUCAAGACCGCCGGUGUUGCUCUCAGCCCCGGAGACAUCAUUGGCAUUCUCUCGCUCGAUGACCCUAGUCGUGUGCAGCACGCCAAGCCCUUUGCUGGUCAACUUCCCGACUUUGGCAUGCCCGUCAUCGUCGGCAACAAGCCCCACCAGCGCUACACCGCUCUUGUUGAGGUGCUCAACGACAUUCUCGACGGUUACGAUCAGAGCUUCCGCAUGCAGGCCGUCAUCAAGGAGCUCAUCGAGACGCUUCGCAACCCCGAGCUGCCUUACGGCCAGGCCUCUCAGAUCCUGUCCAGCUUGGGUGGCCGUAUCCCUGCCAGGCUCGAGGAGGCGGUGCGCAACACGAUCGAGAUGGGGCACUCGAAGAACAUCGAGUUCCCCGCCGCUCGUCUGCGCAAGCUCACCGAGAACUUCCUCCGUGACAGCGUGGACCCUGCCAUCCGUGGUCAGGUGCAGAUCACCAUUUCCCCGCUCUACCAGCUCUUUGAGGCCUACGCUGGCGGUCUCAAGGCUCACGAAGGCAACGUUCUCGCCUCGUUCCUCCAGAAGUACUACGACAUCGAGUCUCAGUUCACCGGUGAGGCUGACGUCGUGCUCGAGCUCCGUCUCAAGGCCGAUGGCGACCUCGACAAGGUCGUUGCUCUUCAAACUUCGCGCAACGGUAUCAACCGCAAGAACGCUCUGCUGCUCACCCUUCUCGACAAGCACAUCAAGGGCACCUCGCUCGUCUCGCGUACGAGCGGCGCUCAGAUGAUCGAGGCUCUGCGCAAGCUUGCUUCGCUUCAGGGCAAGUCGACCGCACCUGUCGCCCUCAAGGCCCGUGAGGUCUCGCUGGACGCCGACAUGCCCAGCUUGGCCGACCGUUCUGCUCAGAUGCAGGCCAUUCUCCGUGGCUCGGUCACCUCCUCCAAGUACGGUGGUGACGACGAGUACCACGCUCCUUCGCUCGAGGUUCUCCGCGAGCUCAGCGACUCGCAAUACAGCGUCUACGAUGUGUUGCACAGCUUCUUUGGCCACCGCGAGCACCACGUCGCUUUCGCUGCGCUCUGCACCUACGUGGUUCGUGCUUACCGUGCUUACGAGAUCGUCAACUUCGACUACGCCGUCGAGGACUUUGACGUCGAGGAGCGUGCCGUGCUCACCUGGCAGUUCCAGCUGCCGCGAAGCGCGAACUCGCUCAAGGAGCGUGAGCGCCAGGUGUCCAUUAGCGAUCUCUCCAUGAUGGACAACAAGAGGGCUCGCCCCAUCCACGAGCUCCGCACUGGUGCCAUGACCAGCUGUGCCGACGUCGGCGACAUUCCUGACCUCCUCCCCAAGGUACUCAAAUUCUUCAAGUCGUCCGGGUCCAGCGGUGCGCCCAUCAACGUGCUCAAUGUUGCUGUGGUGGACCAAACCGACUUUGUCGAUGCCGAGGUCCGCAGCAAGCUUGCCCAGUACACCAACGCUUGCAGCAAGGAGUUCGGUGCUGCCCGCGUUCGCCGCGUCACCUACCUGCUCUGCCAGCCCGGCAUGUAUCCCUUCUUCGCUACCUUCCGUCCUAACGAGCAGGGCCUCUGGACCGAGGAGAAGGCUAUCCGCAACAUCGAGCCCGCGCUUGCCUACCAGCUUGAGCUCGACAGGGUCAGCAAGAACUUCGAGCUCACUCCUGUGCCGGUCUCGUCCUCGACCAUCCACCUCUACUUUGCCCGUGGUAUCCAGAACUCGGCCGACACCCGUUUCUUUGUCCGUUCGCUCGUGCGUCCUGGACGCGUUCAGGGCGAUAUGGCCGCCUACCUCGUCUCCGAGUCGGACCGCAUCGUCAACGACAUUCUCAACGUCAUCGAGGUUGCGCUCGGCCAGGCCGAGUACCGCACCGCCGAUGCUUCGCACAUCUUCAUGUCGUUCAUCUACCAGCUCGACGUCAGCCUGGAAGAUGUUGAGAAGGCCAUCGCCGGCUUCCUUGAGCGACAUGGCACCCGCUUCUUCCGUCUCCGCAUCACCGGUGCCGAGAUCCGCAUGAUCCUCAACGGUCCCAACGGCGAGCCUCGCCCCAUCCGAGCUUUCGUCACCAACGAGACCGGUCUCGUGGUGCGCUACGAGUCCUACGAGGAGAUUGCUGCCGACGACGGCUCUGUCGUCCUCCGCGGCAUCGCGCCUGCGGGCAAGGAGGCCACGCUCAACGCUCAGAGCGCUCACUUUGCCUACACCACCAAGGUGGCACUCCAGUCGCGACGUUCGCGCGCCCACGCUCUGCAGACCACGUUCGUGUACGACUUCAUCGACGUCCUCGGUCAGGCCGUGCGCGCGUCGUGGAGGAAGGUCGCCGCCAGCAAGAUUCCCGGCGAGGUCAUCAAGUCGGCUGUUGAGCUGGUCCUGGACGAGCAGGAGAACCUGCGCGAGGUCAAGCGAGCCCCCGGUAUGAACACCAUCGGCAUGGUCGCUUGGCUCGUCGAGGUGCUCACCCCUGAGUACCCGACUGGACGCAAGCUUGUGGUCAUCGGAAACGAUGUCACCAUCCAAGCCGGUUCCUUCGGCCCUAUUGAGGACCGCUUCUUCGCUGCUGCCUCCAAGCUGGCCCGUGAGCUUGGCGUGCCUCGUCUCUAUAUCUCGGCCAACUCGGGUGCCCGUAUCGGCUUGGCCACCGAGGCUCUCGACCUGUUCAAGGUCAAGUUCGUCGGCGACGACCCCGCCAAAGGCUUCGAGUACAUUUAUCUCGAUGAACAGUCGCUUCAGGCUGUUCAAGCCAAGACGCCCAACAGCGUCAUGACCAAGCCCGUUCAAGCAGCCGACGGCACCAUCCACAACAUCAUCACCGAUAUCAUCGGCAAGCCUCACGAGGGUCUCGGUGUCGAGUGCUUGUCGGGCAGUGGUCUCAUCGCGGGUGAGACCAGCCGCGCCAAGGACCAAAUCUUUACCGCCACCAUCGUCACUGGACGAAGUGUCGGUAUCGGUGCCUACCUUGCUCGUCUCGGCGAGCGUGUCAUCCAGGUCGAGGGAUCGCCAUUGAUCCUCACUGGUUACCAGGCGCUCAACAAGUUGCUUGGACGUGAGGUGUACACCUCAAACUUGCAGCUCGGCGGUCCUCAGAUCAUGUACAAGAACGGUGUCUCGCACCUCACUGCUCAGGAUGACUUGGACGCUGUGAAGGCCUUUGUCAACUGGAUGUCGUACGUUCCUGCUCAGCGCAACGGACCUCUUCCGAUCAUGCCCACCACCGACAGCUGGGAUCGUGCCGUCACCUACCAGCCUCCUCGCGGUCCUUACGACCCACGAUGGCUCAUUAACGGUACCAAGGCGGAAGACGGCAGCAAGCUCACCGGUCUGUUCGACGAAGGCUCGUUCGUCGAGACCCUCGGUGGCUGGGCCACUUCGGUCGUCACCGGUCGCGCUCGCCUCGGCGGUAUUCCCGUCGGUGUCAUUGCUGUCGAGACCCGCACGCUCGAGCGUGUCGUCCCCGCCGACCCUGCCAACCCCAACUCGACCGAGCAGCGCAUCAUGGAAGCCGGUCAGGUGUGGUACCCCAACUCGGCGUACAAGACUGCCCAAGCCAUCUGGGACUUUGACAAGGAGGGUCUUCCCCUCGUCAUCCUGGCCAACUGGCGUGGAUUCUCGGGUGGUCAGCAGGACAUGUACGACGAGAUCCUCAAGCAGGGUUCCAAGAUCGUCGACGGUCUCUCGUCGUACAAGCAGCCCGUGUUUGUUCACAUUCCGCCCAUGGGUGAGCUGCGCGGUGGUUCGUGGGUUGUGGUCGACUCUGCGAUCAACGACAACGGCAUGAUCGAGAUGUCGGCCGACGUCAACAGCGCCCGCGGUGGUGUGCUCGAGGCAUCGGGUCUCGUCGAGAUCAAGUACCGUGCCGACAAGCAGCGCGCAACCAUGGAGCGUCUCGACAGCGUCUACGCCAAGCUCAGCAAGGAAGCUGCCGAGGCGACCGACUUUACUGCCCAGACCACCGCGCGCAAGGCGUUGGCGGAGCGGGAGAAGCAGCUCGCGCCCAUCUUCACGGCGAUCGCUACCGAGUACGCCGAUGCGCACGACCGUGCAGGACGCAUGCUUGCCACUGGAGUGUUGCGAUCGGCGCUGCCGUGGGAGAACGCAAGGCGCUACUUCUACUGGCGUCUGAGGAGGAGGUUGACCGAGGUCGCUGCUGAGCGAACGAUCGCGGAGGCGAACCCGGUGCUGAAGCACGUGGAGAGGGUGGCCGUUCUGCGACAGUUCGUGGGCGCGGCGGCGAGCGAUGAUGACAAGGCGGUGGCUGAGCAUCUGGAGGCAUCGGCUGGUCAGUUGCUGGCGGCGAGCAAGCAGUUGAAGGCUCAGUACAUCUUGGCUCAGAUCUCGACAUUGGAUCCUGAACUCAGGGCGCAGUUGGCUGCUUCGUUGAAGUAA